GGCGGCAGCGGCAGCGGCUUGGCCGUUGCCGAGUCGAUAGGCCAGGGGAGGCGCCCGCCUCGCCUCGUGCCGCGCACCUCCCCUUUUCCUCAUAAAAUCUCGCCCCGCCCGUCAGUUCAUCAGUCAUCGCCCACCUCCCUCCCUCUCUCCACUCGCCACUCGCCACCAUCACCAGCAGCGUGAGCGUCACCCAGCUCUCCCUCCCUCCCUCCCGCGCCCCCAAAAACCUCGCCUCCCGAGUCCCCGCUCGCCCCCCGCCGCGCGGCGCAUCCGAGCCACACGCGGCCGCCGAUCGCCACCGCAGCCGCGCCAGAUCUGACGACGAGGCGCAGCUACCAGCCGCGCGCCGAUCGCUUGCUCUUGCCCAGCCCGCUCUUCGCCUCAUUGCCAGCGGGCUGCCGCUUCCUUCCCUCCUGCCCGCCACCGCGCGCGGGGAGCUACCGAGCUCGGCGGCGGGAAUUGCGCCGCUCGCUUAGCAGCUAGCAGGGCCAAUGCGGGGCGCGGCGGCCGGGGCAUGGUAGUAGGGGCCGCCGCCGCGGGGGCUGCAGCGCCGGGAUGGAGGCCGUGGUGGCCGGGGACGGGCGGAGCAAGCGGGGCCGGGUGAAGGCUGCGGACGGCGCAGGCCCGGAGCCGGGCCCCAAGCGCAGCCGGGCGGCGCCCGCCGCCGCGCUGCCGGCGCCGUGGGCGCAGCAGCACCCGGCCUCGCGGAUCUACCGCGUCUCGCGGGCCUCCGGCGGCAAGGACCGCCACAGCAAGGUGUACACGGCCAAGGGCAUCCGGGACCGCCGCGUCCGCCUCUCCGUCGCCACCGCCAUCCAGUUCUACGACCUGCAGGACCGACUCGGGUACGACCAGCCCAGCAAGGCCAUCGAGUGGCUCAUCAAGGCCGCCGCCGCCGCCAUCGACAAGCUGCCCUCGCUCGACGCCGCCACGGGCUUCCCCGCGCACCCGGCCUCCGCUGCGGGCAAGGACCUGCCGGCCCUGGCGGAUGCGCCGCACGACGACGACGACGACGACCAGGACCAACACCAGCACCACCACCACCAGCAGCUCACGAGAUCGGGCUGCAGCAGCACGUCCGAGACCAGCAAGGGCUCCGUCCUCUCGCUCUCCCGCUCCGAGAGCCGGGUCAAGGCCAGGGAGCGCGCCAGGGAGCGGAGCGCCGCCGCCAGGGACAAGGACAAGGACCCCGCCGACGACGCCGCCACGGGGAGGCGCGCCGCGCCCACCGCCUCGGCGCAGGCCGCGUCCUUCACCGAGCUGCUCACCGGGAUGGCCGCGGCCACGGCGGCCGCCGGCUCCGCUCCCGCCGAGCACAAGCAGCAGCAGCAGCAGCAGCAGCAGCAGCAUCAGUCGUCGGCCCCCUGGCAGGCAAUGGCUGUCCCCGCGACCGCCGACUACAUCGGAUUCGCGCAGCCCCGGAAGGCGGCCGGGCACGCGAUGGCGCACUCCUUCGCCUCCCCGGCUCCCCACCUCGGCAACAUUGCGUCCAUCGCCAUGGCCCCGGCGCAGCACUUCGGCUUGGCGAGCGGCGCCGUAACCAUCGCCUCUGGUGGUGGCGGCGGCGGCGAGCCGCACGCGGAGAUGACGCAGUUCUCGUUCUUGCAGGACCACUUCAUGCCCGUCCACGCGGCGCCGGCCUCGGGUCCCGCCGGAGACUACAACCUCAACUUCUCCAUGUCCUCGGGUCUUGUGGGUGUCAACAGUAGGGGGACCCUUCAGUCCAAUUCGCAGCCGCACAUCUCCGGCCACCAUCACCACCACCACCACCACAACCAGCAGCUCCAGAGGCUGUCUACUCCACUGGACGCUCCCAACAUACCCUUCCUAUUCAGCCCCGCCGCCGCGGUGACCACGCCCACCACGGCGGAGAGCCAGUUCGCCGCGUUCCAGCUCUGGAACGGGUUCCAGCACGCGGACAUGAAGGAGAAGGGCAAGAACUGAACGACAGCUGCCCAAUGCAGCGCAGUGCUUUCCGGAUGGAUGUGAAGACAUCAAAUAAUUGCAACCUAUCCCUGCAAGCACCAAUCAUUGCGUGAAGCGGCCAUAAGUGUGCUGGGGAUGAUUCGCCGCAUUCGUGGAAGCAGAUCAUCCUUCAGACGUCUACCCUGUUCACCACUGAAGAACCUCAUCGAUGUUACUCUGACAACCAUCUGCAUUUCAUUAUCCACCUGCUGUUGUAUUCAUUUCGUGGAGGUGAGAUUUUUCGGAGCAUGACUUGCUGGAGUGCCCUGUCAGAAAGCCAUUGUAAUCCUUUCCAUUCUAGACAUUGCCAAAUGCCAAUGGAUGGAUCCGGCCCUUGAUCGGCUCUCUCGAGUUCCAGGAUCAGUUAUCUCCCCCAUUUUUAUGGUUCUCGGUUGUGUGUUGUGCGAGAAGUGAGAGGACUGAUGAUCAGAUCCAUCAGAUGAAGCAUCUGUGGUGAAGUCUGUUCCCUUGUUGUGUGCUGAAUACGCUGCUCUAAUGAGAUUCUGAGAUGUAAAUUUAAUUUUAUUUUCUUGCAGUGAUUA